AUGGUUGUUGUUGCGAAUUUCAUGAUGCGCCCCCCGCGUGUGCUGAUUCAUCCGAUGCGGCAGAGCAGACGAGUGCGCGCAGCAGCGCCGUGCGCGUCGCUGUCCGCUCUGCUGCUGCUGCUGCUGCUGCUGCUGCUGCUGCUGCUGCUGCUGCUGCUGCUGCUGGCGACUGGCUCUGCGGCCUCUCUGGACGCGCAAUCACAUCGUGCCAAUCCCUCGCGUCGCCCUCCCCAUUCCCUCGCGCAGCUCUUUCCCCGCCCAUCCCCCUCCCCAUCGACCUCCUGGCUGGCCCCCUGGCAGCACAGGGAGCACGCGCAUGGCAGAGUGCUGCUAGGGGAGCCGGGGCAUGUGCUGACGGCGGCUCUCGUGCACCAUACUGCUGUGCAUGGGUGUGACGGUGACCACGCCACAUACCACAGGCGUCAGCGCCACCGGGACAUGCAUCGCAUCCUCACGGCCUUUGCCCCCCAACCGCCCUCAGCGGCCUCAGCACACUCACACCGGCCAGCCAGCAGCACCACUGGUGCUCGCAGGCUGCAGGAAUCGCCUGCAGUAGCAGCAGGUGCUGCCGCUGGCGUUGCAGCGUUCGACCUGGGAGGCCGAACCAUCCCAUACGGGCUCUACUAUCUGAACGUGUCGCUCUCAUCGCCUGCGCGCUCCUUCUCAGUCGUCUUUGACACCGGGAGCGACAUGCUGUGGGUGCCCUGUGACUGCUUCCAGUGUGCCACCGACUCCUCGCUCGUUCCUCUGAGCGCCCCCUACCGCCCGGAGAACUCGCUCACAGCACAACCCGUCAGCUGCAGCAGCCCUCUGUGCCCCACCGGCCGCCCCAACAUCGGCUGCGGCAUUGCCCCCAACCUCACCCGCAUAGUGCGCACUCCCACCACCACCCCCCGCUCUGCUCCGCCGGAAUCUCCCACCAGUGGGGUUCCAGAGCCUCUACCGCUCUCAACCUCCUCCAAUGCCUCUGAUUCUCUGACGGGCUCCCUUCCCCUGGCGGCUGCUGAUUGGCCUGCUCCCAGUGAGACGUGUCAGUAUGUGAUUCGCUACGGGGAUGGCAGCAGCACGGAGGGGACCCUGGUGACUGAUGUGAUUAACCUGAGUGUGACGCAAGCGGGGGUGGGUGGAGUGGCAGCUGCCACGUCAGCGCCGUCGGCUGUGCCAGGUGGCGGUCAGCCAUUGGAGGGGUCGGCAGGGAGUGGAAGCAGUGUUGUGAGCCCACGGGUGCUGUUUGGCUGCUCAUCACUCCAAACAGGCACGCUUAUCAGCAGCCCCUUCUCAGUGGACGGCCUCAUGGGCUUUGGCUCGGGCCCCCGCUCCGUCAUCCGCCAACUCUCCUCCUCCACGCCCUCCUCCUCACCCUCCUCGCCAACACAAGUGGCAGCCUCGCCUACAGGAGCAUCAGCACCAGCACCAGCAUCAGCAUCAGCAUCAGCAGCAGCAGCAGAAGCAGCUGCAGUAGGCACGGGAGCGGGUGCAGGGCAGCAGGAAGCGGUGAUGCCGUUCGCAUUCUCCUUCUGCCUGGACGGGGGGGACACGGGGGGAGGCCACCUGGCGAUUGGGCGGUCGCAGCAACCCGCAGACAUGCAGACAGCAGCGCUGUGGCAUGUUGACGGACUCCCAUACCACUACAUCAACAUCACCGGAAUGAGCAUCGGAGGUCGCCAGGUGGCGGGUGCUGAUUCGCUGUCAGCAGUGGACGCGGCCAGCCUGGCAGGCGGGGUAAUCAUUGACAGCAGUACCACCUUAACUGCACUGCCGCCCGAUGUCUACACCUCGCUAAAGGAUGCGGUGUUUUCCGACCCGCUCCUCUCUGCAUUCGCUGAUCCCACCCUCGGGGAUUGCACCCUCUUUCCCAGCAACGCCACCCUCUUUGACUCGGUCUUCCCAAACCUCCUGAUCAGCUUCGGCAACACAACCUGGGCCGUGCCGCCCACCAACUACCUUUUCCUUGGGGGCUUCAUGGAGCGCACGGGCAUGGCGCUGCUGUGCCUGGCGGCCCUCCCCAUUUCCUCCUCGCGUGUGUCAGCCAUCAUUGGAGAGUCGUGGCUGCAGAACUUCUACAUCCUCAUGGACGAGGAGAAAGGGCUGUUCGGCUGGCACCCCCUCAACUGCUCCACGGGCCAGGAGCUUUUCCGAACGUCACUACCGCAAGAGGGUAGCCCUUCGCCUGCCGCACCCAACACCACCACAACACCCAGCCGGGGGCAUGGGCCAGAGAGUGUGCGCCCAUCGAGUCCGAGUCAAGGCUCACAAGGCGAGCUAUCAUCGGCACCAGAGGCGAAGG